GCAAACAACGGAAACUCUAAAGUCAUAUGAUCGAUUUGUGAUUCUUUCAGCAGAAUCGAAUACAACAGCUGCCUCUGUUCAUCGCAAAGAUGGCUAGUCAGACGCAAGGUAUUCAACAGCUUCUGACUGCCGAGAAGAGAGCCGCCGAAAAGGUAGCCGAGGCUAGAAAGCGUAAAGCACGUAGGUUGAAACAAGCGAAGGAGGAAGCUCAAGAUGAAAUCGAGAAAUAUAGGCAAGAGCGGGAAAGACAGUUCCGUGAAUUCGAAGCCAAGCAUAUGGGAUCGAAGGAAGAUGUAGCUGCACGUAUAGAAGGUGAUACCAAAUUGAAAACGGAAGAAAUGAAUCAAGCUGUAAUUAAGCACAAAGAUAGUGUUGUGCUCACAAUCUUGGAUUUGGUGUAUGACAUCAAACCGGAGUUGCAUAAGAAUUACCGUCAUGAAAUUUAAGUCGGAGGCGUAUCGAUUAAUUAUAAAUAUCGCAUCGUAUCCUAUAAAUGUACAUUAAGUAUUUUCUUUAAUCGUAUCUUGAAAACGUAUCUAUCGCCGUUAUGUUGUAUCUUUAUUCGAAAAUAUUUACUACAACUUUUAACCGUAGAUGGUGGUAUCUAAUUACUAGAUCUUUUUCCGCAGUUGCUACACGACAAUAAAUGUAAUCGUACCUAUGCCGAGCUUUUACCACCACAUUGGAUAGUUUAAAGAUUAAUUGUAGUUGCGAUCACGGGCUUAGUUUACGCUUGUUAGAAAAAGAAAACGGAACGAUCGUCAUUGUAAUAUAUCAAGGCCUAGAUAUAUUAGAAUGACGGAUAAACGUUAAAGCUUAGGUGGUGGCAAACAAUUGUACAUGGUUAGAUGUACAUGUAUAUCGUUAGAUGUCAUUCCACGAUUCUGCUACAUCGAGGACGCGAAAAUGAUGCACUCCGAGAGAUAAAACGUUGUACAGCCUCUAUAGAAUCACGGACAAGCUCCCAAUGUAACGUGGUUCUUGCGACGAUGUACAUAAUAUUUACCGAUUAUUUGUUUUGUUUGAGAGAUUUAAGAUUUGUCGAGUCAUAGAAAUGAAAGUUAUACUUCACGCGUAUCCUGUCAGCUGGUUAAUCUGUACAGUAUCAAUGUUCAAGAAUAAAAAUGUAAAAUCUAACGAA